UUUUACUUUUUACUCUUUUGUUUAAUGUCAAAUUCAAUUCAAGUUUAUUUACAUCCACCUUCACCAAAAGAAUGCAAACUGCCUUCGAUUGAUUCACUUUAUGAUUUAAAUGAGCCAAUCAAAAACGAUCAGCUACCUAUAGUUUGCUUAACCACGGACGAUCAGACUAAAAAGCUAAAUACAUUGGAGCCUCAACCACACUUAACUAUACUCACAUCACCAUCUCUAUCCUCUCCUUCUUCAGCACUAUCACCUAUCUCUCCUUUAUUAUCACCCAUAGAACACAACAAUCUAUUAGCACCUCCUUUACCUACAUCAUCAUCAUCAUCAACAAUAUCAGCAUCAUCCUUUCGCCGUUGUCGUUCUGCAUCAUCCAAUACCUCUUCUCCUACCUGCUCUCCAUCUUAUAGUUUCAGAUCUCUGUCUGAACCACCUACGUUAGAUUUAGAGAAAGAAGAGGAAGAAUAUAAUCCAUUGUUUGGCCCAAAAAGAAAAAGAGGAAGACCGCCUAAUACAUCACGUCCUGAAUCUCAAACAACAGACAAUGCCCACUGGACAUUUAUUAAACCAACCGUUUGGGAUGUAAAGAAUAAAAACUUCGAAUUAAGAAAUCAAAAACAUCAAUCCAUCCGCCCUUCUUUCACAGACAAUAAUGCUAUCAGCACAUUUACGAGUACAAAUAUGGACAUGACCCUUAGUAUACCCAAAAAGAAAAGAGGUCGUAAACCUAAGAAACAACUGGCAGGCAAUUCUUGCUUUGUCUGGAAAGAUUUGACAGCACCAAGAGGAGCAAAUAAAAAAAGAUUACUACGAUUAGAAAAAUUAGCUGAAAGUCGUACUAUUCUACCAGCAACAGUGCCCAUACCAAGACUACCAAGACAACCGAAAUAAUAAAAAACAUUAUCUUUACUGUAUAUUUGUACAUUUUCAGAAUUACUUUACAUAAUCACUCUUGAUAACUGUGGCUAGUUCAUUUAUUCAUUAUGGCACAUUUGAUAAAGUCAUCAUUGUAUUAAUGACCCAAUUCUGUGUUUUUUUUUUUUUUUUUUUU